AUGGUAAGCAAAAGCCUUGCGGCUGACGCUGUAUGGGCAUUCGGAGAUCUUAAGCGGAAAGGCGAAGCAGGAAAGGCAAAGAAGACCCGAAAGUUUGCCGCAGUAAAACGCACCAUUAACCCGAAGGACCAACGACUGCAGAAGAAGGAAGAGAAGAAACAAAAAAAGCUAAAAGAGAGAGAGGCCAUUCUGAAAGAACACGUGCAGCACAACCCAGCACAGUUCUUUAGUUACAACACUAACCUAGUGCCACCCUAUCAGGUGUUGGUUGACACUAACUUUAUAAAUGGAGCCAUUCAAACGAAACAAGAUGUUCUACAGGGCCUCAUUACUUGUCUUGUGGCCAAAUGUGAUGUUUGCGUGACGGACUGCGUGAUUGCUGAGCUAGAGAAAUUGGGUCACCGAUACCGUCUAGCGCUUCAUUUGGCAAAGGACCCACGGAUUAAACGCCUCAAGUGUCUCCACGCUGGCACAUACGCUGAUGACUGCAUUGUGCAGCGAGUCACAGAACACAAGUGUUACCUGGUGGCCACAAACGACAAAGACCUGAAGCGCCGCAUCCGCAAAAUUCCCGGAGUUCCGAUUGUAUAUCUAAAGGGACGGACUUUCGCAGUUGAGAGACUUCCAGAAGCAAUUACAGCUCUCCCUGCCGCGAAGUCGGCUAUCCCGAAAUUGUAA